UCCUACUCAGGAGUCCUGAGUCACUGGAGGACAAGCACCAAUUUUACUUCAAGGAGGCUCUCUUCUCCUUCUCCUCCACCAAGAAGAUGGGCGGCCAAGAGUUUUGCGACCGCUACCAAGAGCAGCUGGAGAAGGAGCUGGUGGAGAUGUGGGAGUCGUUCACCAAGCACAACGAGUCAAAGAAUCUGUUCAGUGCAUUCCGAACUCCAGCCGUGCUGUUCGUGCUCGUCUGCCUCCUGUACGAGCUGUCGGGUGUGCUGCUCUUCGUGGGCCUGUCCACCUUCGCCCUGGUGUGCGACUGCGUCCUGGGCUUGGUCAUGAUGUCCAUGCUGACUUGGGCCUUCAUCCGCUACUCGGGCCGCUACCGGGAUGUGGGCGGAGCCAUCGACCUGGCGGCGGGCACCGUGCUGGAACAGGCCACGGUGGUGCUGAACAAGUCGAGAGAACAGAGGCUAUCCAACGUGAAGAGAGGACCGGCGAGGCUUUUGGUCAUCUCGACGCCACGCAAAUCUACAGCCGACACAGAGCCGCAUUCAGCCUUAUCAUUGCGCCCCCACCCCCCUUCCAUUUCUUCUCCCCUAACCCUUUCUCUGUGAGAACAUACAACACCAAAAAAAAAAAAAAAAAAAGCACAAGAGAAGGAUACAUUCCCAAAAGCCAGCAUGUUUCAUACCCGCGUUGGGACACAAGCUGCCUGCUUUGAAAGCAUCGCACCUUCUGUCGAUCCUGCCGCAUUUCCAAAAGAUUCACCAGGAGAAAUUAUUUCCAGCGGUUACAGGCUUCUUUUUGCACAAUUUGGUUGUCUACCUUAUGAGGAUGGCUUUUGCAGCUUUUUAUAUGCAUAUUUUAGAAGCUCAAUUUAUUUUCUUUUACAGUGUGCCUUGGAAGCGUUCCAGUCUCGAUGGAGACGUAACAUUCCUGAUCAAGUUCGGUUGUUCCCUUUUGCUGAAGUAGCAAGGAGGAGAUUGUUGCAGUAAUGUCACCAAAUCAGACCACAGUAGAGCGUGAGCCUAAAAUGAGCGUCAAAUGUAAAGAAUUUCUUAUGGAUGGCAGCAAAAGGCUACUAUUGGAUUGAUAAAUUGACCACUUUAACAGAUAGGCUCCACGUCUUUGACCCUGACUGAGAAAAUGAGUUUUUUUCCUGUGCCCAUUCUUUCUUUACCCAUCAAUAUUUAAAACACCCACAAAAAAAAACCCUCACAAAUUACACAUGAGUGUGUAUUAUUUGUGAGUGUAUAUCUUGUGAGAACUGUGGCCCUUUUGUCGUCUCUUUGAUUUUGGUUGCGUUAACUCCUUUGCAAAAUAAACAAAAUCAAUUACAUAGUUUGCAUUCAGUCGUAAUAUAGCUUCCACAAUGUGAAUGCUAAUAUACAAUGGCAAACUCCAUGGUCACACAGCCUAGCCAUUAGCAUUUAUGUGUUUAAUGCUAGUGUUUUGUACAGUAAUGAUUACUUCAUUUGGAUAGUUUUACAAAAAUAGUAGUUUUCCUUAGAGUUGAAUAUAAUUAUUUGGAUUUGGAUUACACUUUUAUUUGAAUUAGGGAGCUAUUUUCAUAGAAGGAAAAUAUUACUAUGAAGAUUAUUACGACUAUUAACUCUCACUUUUUCAGAAAGUGCGACAUAAUAGUCUCUGAAUGUCACUUUGUUAAAUGUUGGUAAUAAAAAUCAGGAAAAGUGCUGAGAGCAAUACUGGACUUCCCCAAUAUCCCAAAUUGAGUACCAAACCUUUAUUUAGACCAGGAUUUAUUGAUCAUGUCAGAAAUGGAAUUAGCCCACAUUUUUUCCCAGUGGCAUUUUUCCCCCCCCAGAGGUCGUCGUGAAUGAUGGAGAACCUGUGCCACACCCUGGCGCCAUUAUGCCCUUGUCCUGCUGCUUUUGGGGGCCCUUUCUCCUCCUCUUGCCACAUGACUUCCCUUCCCCUGUCACCCAUCUCCUUCCCGCCGUCACCGACCACAGCUGAGUCGCUCCCAUCUUCCUCCUCUUCUUCCUCCUCCUCCUACUGCUCCCCGCUUUCUAAAUGCAUGGUGUCCCAACAUCUGGAGUGUCCCCCGGGCACGUGGGACCAGGAUGACCUGACGUGCCUCAGCUGGUUACACCAACGGGGCAACCUUCUCCCACUCCAGCCGAUUCCUAAAGUGACGCUGCCUCAGACCCGGGAGGAAUCCAUACGGGACCCCGCUUCAGCCAAGCCGCCGUACUCCUUCAGUAGCCUGAUUUUCAUGGCCAUAGAGGACUCAACGGACAAGAGGCUGCCGGUGAAGGACAUUUACGGCUGGAUUGUGGACAAGUUUCCCUACUACAAGACGGCCAGCGCAGGGUGGAGGAACUCGGUCAGGCACAAUCUGUCCUUGAGCAAGAGCUUCUGCCGCAUGGAUAGGGACAAAAGUCAGUCGGCAGGGAAAGGAUCUCUGUGGCGCGUGAAUCCAGAUCAUCGAACGUCGCUGUUGGAAGUUCUUCGGAAGACGCACGCCUACCACAGCAACAGCAGCAGCCUCAUAAGCAAACCUGCCUUGUUGGAAGGCGUGGACUAUGGCGUGUCUGUAGUGUGCGACUCCAUGGAAAUGUCAGAUUGCCUCCCUCACACCCUGAUGCUGUCGCUGCCGUCGCCCCACAGCCCCAGCCAGGAUAAUCCCGCUUUCUCCGACCACCCGGAUUUCCCCUUGACACCGGAGCACGAGGAGUUGGUGGCCAUCGAGCCAGUGGAAUACCAAGCGGAGGAUCUGGGCGGGGAUUUGGACAAAGACCCACUGGGCGACAGCGGCUACAUCGAGCUGCACUACUACCAGUCCCCCGAGUACCAGUAUCUGGUCUUGCCCGACGACACUGAGCUGGACCUGGAGACGGUGGAGAUUCUGCAGCUGGACGCCGAGGCGCAGGAGGCGGCCGGCUCGCUGCUGGAUUUAGCAGGGAGCGGAUAUCAAUAGCCAUCUGAGUCUUUGUUGUAUUCUUAUAGGUGACAACAUCACUGCCCAAUGAUUGCAAACUUGUAGCUUUUUCUGAUAUGGGUACUACUAGUCUGCAUCACUUGAUUUUAAGCACUUGAUCAAUGCACCAAGUACAGUAGACAAAUGUUUUGAGACACUUAUAAGUGUUUUCCAAACACUUUUACAUGUUUAAAUUUCCUGCAAAAUGACAAAAAUGAAGUAAGCCCCUCAGUGGCUCAGUACUACUAGUACGUCAAAAUUGUCCGAGGACAAACAGUAUGGUACUACAUAGACCUAGAGCUGGAUGACGUAUAGUCAAAAUCCUCGAUAACGGAUCCGGGCUACAGGUCACUAGUUACACCAAGUGGUUUUAAUAGUGCAAGACGGUAGUUUACUAAUAAGGUUUGAUUGAAUACUAGUAGGCCAAAAGUGGCACUAGUAGUGGAAAAUCAUGUAAAAAGUAUUUUUGCUUACACAUUUUUCUAAUCUAACAAAUAAAAUGUCAUUCUGUUAUUGUGACUAUAGUGUCUUUUUUUCUGGUUCAGUAGGACAUGUCACUUUCUAUGCCCUUUUUGUACUUUAUUUUCCCUGUAAUCAAUCAGCAUUUUUGUUGACUGAUUUACUUUUCUUGUUCAUAUUUUAGU